AUGCGGCUACUCGACGCUCUGUCGCCCUUCUACUUUGUGCUCAUCUGCGUCAAGGAGCAGCAGCAGGGUGGCGAGGAUGCUGACCGUUUUCUGGCUGUCAAGAACGGGGAGCUACGCAGUCAUCAGCAGGUUACAAAUUCAUCGGACGUUCAUCGAUAUCCCCGUGGCCGCGUGCUUGCUGCGAUCCCUCAGUCUUGUCUGCGACUCGCCCAAUCCCGAUUGCCCUUCAUCCACCGCAGCCACCACUAUCUGCAAAGUCUGUUUCCCUUCUCCUACCUAUACGAGUUAUAA